UGCCCCUCCCACCCCACCCUCUCUGAAUCUGAUGGCGUUUUCUACCGAUAAUCUUCAUGGUCUUAUCUUGGCCAUUUCGUCGAGUUUUUUUAUCGGAACCAGCUUUAUAGUGAAGAAGAAAGGACUUAAAAGAGCAGGGGUUAAUGGACUAAGAGCAGGUUCAGGGGGGUACACGUACUUGUAUGAGCCUUUGUGGUGGAUUGGAUUGCUGACUAUGAUUGUUGGUGAGGUAGCUAAUUUUGCUGCUUAUGCAUUUGCUCCUGCAAUUCUUGUAACUCCAUUGGGGGCUUUAAGUAUUAUUAUCAGCGCAGUGCUAGCUCAUUUUAUGUUGAAUGAGAAAUUGCAUAUUUUUGGCAUGCUUGGUUGUCUUCUUUGUGUGGUGGGCUCCACUAGUAUCGUCUUACAUGCUCCACAAGAAACAGCUAUUGAAUCAGUAAUUCAAGUUUGGCAACUAGCGACUCAGCCAGGUUUCAUUGUUUACACUUGCAUAGUUUUGAUUAUGGUUCUUGUCCUCAUUUUCUUGUUUGUACCAAAAUAUGGGCAAACACAUAUGAUGGUAUACGUUGGAAUCUGCUCGCUCAUGGGCUCCCUUACGGUUAUGAGUGUGAAAGCAUUGGGAAUUGCUCUGAAGUUGACAUUUUCAGGAUCAAAUCAAUUCAAAUACUUUCAGACAUGGUUCUUCGCUCUGGUUGUUGUUAUCUGUUGUCUCCUGCAGUUGAACUAUUUGAACAAGGCAUUGGACACCUUUAACACUGCUGUCAUAUCGCCUGUCUACUAUGUCAUGUUCACUUCAUUCACAAUCCUUGCCAGCAUGAUCAUGUUUAAGGACUGGAACUCACAAGAUGUAUCACAGAUUGCAACUGAAGUAUGUGGCUUUUUGACUAUUCUUUCCGGGACCUUCCUUCUCCAUAAGACUAAGGAUAUGGGUAAUGAUGUGUCUACACAGUCCUCUAUUUUUGCAAGUCCAAACACUGAUCCCAAUAUCUUCAGAAGUCCAAACAAUGAUUCUCUGAUCUUCACAAGUCAAAACAAUGUACCUCCGAUCUUCACAAGUCCGAACAAUGAACUUCAGAUCUUCACAAGAUCAACUUCAGCCUCCAGUUCAAUCAAAAUAAACACAAGCUCCAAAUAGGCAUAUUAUACAAUCACAUUUUGACCGUUGAUUUAUAAUCUCCUGAGAGUUAUACCCCUUAGGAAAAUGCUCUCCUCUAAUUACAAAGAAGCAAACGGACAUGUAAAUGGAAGAAGAAUUCAAGGAUGUCUAGCUGACUCUUAACCCACACUGACAAUUUUUUUUUCUUCGAGGUCCAAUGGGUAGAAAGCAUCUGCAGAAGCUUAUCGAGUGCUCGUCAUUGCCUAGUGAUGCUAAAAUUUGAGGUUGUUUUCUGCUAGUGUACUCUGCAAAACCCACCACACUUGAUAGUUAUUAAUUUCUUCAAGGAAUUUAGUGUUUGAUUAUGUGUCAUUA